CUUGUAUGGUGCCAGCAUGGUCAAACUUUGUUGCUUUGGGCUUUUUGUCGACUUUUUGGCUCAAGCCACAAGCAAGGAGGGCUCGUUGUCUUCUUUGGCAUUUGGUAUAUUUAGAGCCAUGAAAAGAUCCUUGCUGCGGGCUGCUCAGCCAUUGAAGCUCUACCAGUAUGCAAUUUGCCCCUUUUGCAACAAGACAAAGGCCGCACUAGAUUUUCUGAAAGUUCCAUACCAGUCAGUGGAAGUGGAUCCUUUGACAAGAUCGCAGAUCAAGUUCUCCAAGGACUACAAGAAGGUGCCCAUCGCUGUGUUUGCAGAUGGGACUGUGGUUGGUGACUCGACAAAGAUUGUCGACAAGGUUGCUGGCUCAGAGGGGACUCUGGCAAGUGCGGAAGUGGAUGGGAGCCACUUCUUAAGCAGUGAGGCUCGACGCUGGAACUCUUGGUGUGAUGAAAAGUUUGCUGUUUGCGUGUACCCAAACAUUACGCGUAGUGUGUCCGAGUGCUGGACCGCUUUGGGUUACUUGCAAAAGUGCCCGGAAUUCUCCCAAUCGCGUGCUGUGGCGACUCGCGCACUGGGUGCACUAGGCAUGGCAGCUGCUCACGGCAAGAUCAAAAAGAAGUACAAGAUGGACGAUGAGCGUGAUGCUUUGUUCGCGGCUGUUGAUACAUGGACCAGCGAAGUUGGCAGCAAAUCUUUUCGUGGUGGCGAUAAGCCGGACCUUUCUGACCUGGCUGUUUUUGGUUGUAUUCGAGGGCUAUCAGAUCUUCCACUUUUCGCUGAGAUGACUGAACACAAGGCAUUUGGCCCUUGGUUCAAGCGAGUGGCAGAGGUUGUCCAGGCAAAGCUUGUACGCUGAGUAUGCCGACACUGAAAAA